CAUCGGUUGUUUUCCACAUUCAACCUCGACGUUUUUAAUAUUAAUAUUAUUAAUAUUAAUAAUUAAGUGUAAUAAUACUAUUAAUACUACUAAGAACGGCUUCCAAAUAUUUGGUGGCUACAUCAUACAUCCACGUGCACUGAACUCAAUUGAGGGUAGAUUGGAAAUUGCACUGAUUCACUACAAUGCAGCAACAACAGAUUAUGCCCCGAGUUGGACCACCUGGGACACCAACUGGUUCCUCGUCGCGUACAAUGUCGUUUGUUGACAAGCAAAAAUACAUUGAAGACUAUGACUUUCCCUAUUGUGAUGAAUCUUCGAAAUAUGAGAAAGUUGCGAAAAUUGGUCAGGGUACAUUUGGCGAAGUAUUCAAAGCCAGAGAAAAGAAAAGCAAUAACAAAUUCGUGGCCAUGAAAAAAGUUCUUAUGGAUAAUGAAAAAGAAGGUUUCCCCAUCACUGCCCUCAGAGAAAUUAGAAUCCUGCAGCUUUUGAAACAUGAAAAUGUUGUCAACUUAAUAGAGAUUUGUCGCACUAAGGCAACGGUCAGCAAUGGAUAUCGUUCAACAUUUUAUUUGGUUUUCGAUUUUUGUGAACACGAUUUGGCUGGUUUGCUGUCAAAUAUGAAUGUUAAAUUUAGUUUAGGUGAAAUUAAGAAAGUAAUGCAACAAUUGUUGAAUGGUCUCUACUAUAUACACAGUAAUAAGAUAUUACAUCGUGACAUGAAGGCUGCCAAUGUUCUUAUAACCAAACAUGGUGUCCUCAAGUUGGCCGAUUUUGGUCUGGCCCGUGCCUUUAGCAUACCCAAAAAUGAUGCAAAAAAUCGUUAUACAAAUCGUGUGGUCACAUUGUGGUACAGGCCACCGGAACUGCUGUUGGGUGACCGAAAUUAUGGACCACCUGUGGAUAUGUGGGGAGCUGGUUGCAUUAUGGCAGAAAUGUGGACACGUUCGCCUAUAAUGCAGGGAAAUACUGAACAACAACAGUUGAUAUUAAUUUCUCAGUUAUGUGGUUCCUUUACCCCGGACGUGUGGCCUGGUGUGGAAAAACUGGAGCUAUACAAGACCGUUGAAUUGCCUAAGAAUCAAAAUCGCCGGGUUAAAGAACGUCUAAGGCCAUAUGUAAAGGAUCCCUAUGGCUGUGAUUUAUUAGACAAACUGUUAACUUUAGAUCCGAAAAAACGUAUCGAUGCUGAUACCGCCUUAAAUCAUGACUUCUUCUGGACUGAUCCAAUGCCCUGUGAUUUGGGUAAAAUGUUAUCACAUCAUUUGCAAAGUAUGUUUGAGUAUUUGGCCCAGCCACGGCGGACAAAUCAAAUGCGUAAUUAUCAUCAACAAAUGGCGACAAUGAAUUCAAAGCCUCCCGAUAAUACCAUGAUAGAUAGAGUGUGGUAAAAUCUUUUAGAAUAUGUUCGUCUGUUAGUUGAAGGUCAGCUAAUAUCAUAUUUAUAGAAGUUAUAUGAAACAAAUUAAUACUGAUUUUGUCAUUGAAUUUUAUACAGAGUGUUUGGUUCGAAAGUAUCCCAAACAGAAUAUAUUUUAUUACAAUUAUUUCUAAGUGUUCUUGUACUACCUAAUAGCUUGUAAGAAAGUGUUAUAAUUUGAAUUUAGAGUUUUUUUUUCAAUUCCAUUUUUAAAGAAAUUUAUUUGUACCAAAAACAAAUAAAACCAACAUUAAGUGAACAAUUUGAGAA